AUGAGCUGGAUGGAUUCAUGGUCGCGGCCCGGAAAGUCGCAAGCAACACCGGCGCCAUACUACCUUCUUCCAGGAGGCGAGUCGACUCCCUAUUGCCGCUCGUGCGGCCGAGUUAUAAGCUCACGCCGCGCGAAUACUGUGGCGGCGGCGCACGAUUCUAGUAGCAACGUGCCGAGUUACUGCUCCCAGCGCUGUCGCAACACCAAGCCGCGGAACCUGGACCGCGAAAUCGAAGCUACGUUCGUGCGCAUGCUCUCCGGCGGAAACGGUGACGGUGCCAGUCAAGUUCGACGGGAUGGGAAGACGAAAAAGCGCGUGGUUAAGGGUGAUCCGCGCGUCGUUGUCUCCUGCGACGAAGUAGAGAAGGCCAUGUUCGGGGAUGAUCAUGCGGACCCGGACAAGACGUUCGGACGAAGGAAGAAGCGUGCCUCCAGAGUUCUCCCAGCGACCUCCGACGACGACGACGGGACGGAAGGGGAUAGCACCGCUGCUCCCAUAGGAGAAGCACUAGAAGAAGACGGUGACAGCGCCGUGGGUCUUCUCGACGAUAACGAAGACGAAUCGUCGGUAGUAGACGGUGACGUCCCAGCGCGCAUGGCGGUACGAAGCGGGACUCGGAUCCGACCGCCGCAGACCCUGUCGCAAGUCAACGGCAGCGUGGGCGGAGAAAAGGGACGAGCGGAGCGGAGCGAGGAGACGGAAGAGAACGCGAAACGGAGGCUCCAAGGGCAGCGCAGAGCGCAGCAGCGCGAAAUGGUCCGCAAUGCCGCGCGCAGGGGCGUCGUCUUCGGGUUCGCCGCCGCUCCGAGAAAAUGCGAGGCUGUCAUGCGAGGGAAAGUCGUCGAACCAAGUUUUGCGAAAGGCGACUGGGGAAUAAGGUGGAGAGAGUGA